UCAGAGAGUGUGAGAGAGAGAAAGGGAGAGUUGUGAGCAUUCUCCAUCACUCUUAAUAAUCAACACUGUUUUCUCGCAAAGAAAAACGUAAAGGUCACGCCAAACAGCCCCUCUCCCCUCUAAAUAAAACUCUUCCCGCCUGCACGCUAUAUCAUUCUAUCUAUCCCUAAUCCCUUGAUUCGCGAUCAUAAUCCUAUCCAAUCCCAAGCAUGAGAGAGAAAGGCAAAGCGGCGGUUGAGGCUUUCACCGCCGACGAUCCCGAAUUCAACUACUCCGCCGCGUCGGAGCUGCCGUGCAGGAAGCAUCCGAGUUCUUCGUCGGUGGGGAUAUGCGCUCACUGCCUCAAGGACAGGCUGGUGAAGCUGGUCUGCUCGGAAUGCGGCGAGCAGCGCCUCUCGUCCUGCUCCUGCUCCGACGUCUCCUCCUCGCACCGCAACUCCUGCAGCACCAUGGAGGUCGGCAGCGUCGGGAGGGUCUCGUUUCUAAUCGAGAACGACAAGACCGAUCAGCCUCCCAAGCCUGCGCGGGAGGACAGAUCGGAGCAGGUCAUAUUCCUGCGGCGGAGCGCCAGCAGCUGCGUCGAGGUGAAGAAGACCAACGGAUUCUGGCGGAUCAAGCGCCUGUUCCGAAAGAGGAGGAAGGGGCGGGGUAGAAGCGGCGAAUUUUCCGACGAGAUUUGGGCGUCCGACGCCAUGGGGGUUUCUCGAUCGAGAUCGCUCUGCAGUUUCAGAGGCGGCGGAGGCGCCGAUGAGAUGAUGAGCGAUUGCGCGCUGUCGAGCGCUAAAAUCUCCGACGUCACGAGCGGGAUCUUCCUCGAUCUCGACAGGCAAUUCGGAUUCUUCAACGAUUCGGAGGCGGCGCCGCGGCGGAGCGGGUUCAGAGGUGUGGAACAGUUUGAUCGGACGUAUAGCUUGCCGAAUAGGAGCGUAUUUCCGGCGAAGGAGAGCGAUUUCAGCGCCAUGGAUGAGUCGGCGUUUAUAGAUUUGAAGGUGGAUUUGUCGGCGCCGGAGACGAAGGAGGGGGGAUUUGCAAAUAUGAAGAGUUGUGGGGGGGCUAGCGGGAUUACGAUGAGUGAUAGGGGGCUGAAGCGAGGGGGGGUGUCCCACAAAGUGUGGAAAUGGAUAUUCAAGUAUCCUCCUGCAAAUAAGAAGGAAAGAAAAUGAUGAUGUUCAUAUACUCAUGUGUUAUGCACUUAUAUUUGAAGAUUUGUUAGUGGUCACAAAGUUCAUCUUCAGUUGCUCAGUAAAUACCAGAUCAUUUCUAAUUUUCAUGACUUAUCAGCAAAUUGAGAUGACACACUUUGAUA